AUGAUAAGUGUUACACAAGAAGAGGAUCUUGAGGGAAAAGUUGGAGUUGCUUUGUCGAAGGAUUCUAUGGCUGUUGCAGGAGAUGCCCUCAACACUAAUAUCACUACCCUUGGUGCUUCCUAUGUCAGAAUAGGGCUUUUCUUUGCCACUUUAAUAAGAAAAAAACUAUUGAAGAUGAAGCUAAACCCCUGCAUCCCAGAUUGCAACCUGGCUUUUGAGCAAUUCUGCAUUCAUACUGGGAGGGUUAAGAGGGAAGAUACAAUGUGGCAGAUUGCAUUUAGUUCUGGUUUCAAGUGUAAUAGCGCAGACUGGAGAGUUCUGAGGGGAGUGAAUCCCGAAAAAGAGCUUAAGUAA